AUGUUGUCGACGUCGGUCGAGCAGUACUCGUGCAGCUUCACAUGGUGGCCGGCCCGUUCCUCUGCAGCGGCGUCGUCAUCAUUGGCGUCAUCGGCCAUCGGCAUCGGGAGUUGCCCCCGGGGCCGUCAGGGCGUGUCAGACGAAGAAGGGAAUCGACAUGCCGCCGUUGACAUCGAGCAGGAAGAUAGUGUUCCAAAAAUAGAGCAGGCAGAUGAUCACUGCUACGUCCACAGAACACAACACUCCCAGCUCAUAAGCCUUCUUGAACAGCCCGUUCUUCCGCUGCACGCCAUGGGCAAUUUCGACGCGCCAGCCAAGAACAUGCAACAGACAGACAGUGCACAGCCGACAGCCGACAGCGAAGGAGAUAUAAAAAAUCAAUAA